AUGUCAUCAACUGUAGCACACGAUUUAGAGAACAAGAUUGUCGACUGGCUUAAUGAGCAUGAAAACAAAAUUGAGCUUGAAAUUUCUGAAGGUUCACUUCAUCAACUUACACCAACGAUUUACACGUAUUCAAGUCCUGGAACAUCUAUAAGUAUUGGCUUCAAAAACCCACUUCAGCAAGACACGGUUAACCUUGAAGAAUUACAACGAAAUUUCAACUACGUUGCACUCGAUAAGCUUUCAUUAUUCGGUUUAGAUAUUCCAUCAAACUGGGAAGUUUAUCCACAAACACCCGUAUCAUCUUUUGACGAAGGUGUUCAUAUCAGUGCAUAUGAAAAUGGUCGAUUACGUAUGAUUAUAUCUAUAUGUUUCUUUGCCAUCUAUGGUCGUCAAAUGCAGAAACAUCCUAUUAUGGACAAAGCAGCAGAUGAAGGCACGUAUGUGCAAGUGCGACGAGAUAUUAAAGGCAUCAUCAAACUGGAUCUGCCAAUUGUUAUCGAAUAG